AUGGAGCUGGAGAACAUAGUAGCCAACACUGUACUGCUCAAAGCCAGAGAGGGUAAGUUGACACGUACAGGAGCUGAUAGAGAGGGAGUGAGUGGGCCUGGCUGUGGGUUAGGAAGCAGGAAAGGUGGAAGAAUGGGAACGUUAGUCAGCCUGCGGACUCAGCAGGUAACAGCUCCAGAUGCAGCAGAGAAGGAACCUUCUUCUGCACUUAGACUGUCAUGGUGAACGAGUCCCGUGGAGUGGGAUUCAUCAGGUGAUGAAAUUUAACUGCAGAUCAGUCCCACAGACCGUGACAGAGAGGACGAGGUUUUCCCACAUAUGUAAGAGAGAGAGAGAGGGGAGGGGGUCUGCCUCCCACAUCCGCUUUCUUCUCUGUCUGUGGAAAUGAAUUCACUCUUUCGCAACAUUAUACAUGCUGAGGCAGGGAAGACUCACUCACUCACUCACUCACUCACUCACUCACUCACAGAGACAGAGGAGGAGAAAGGAGAGAGUGGGCCGGCUGGCAUUUCCACGGUGAUCUGCUGACGUGACUCGUGUUUAAGAGGCCUGAACCCACAGAGAGAGAGUCUGCUAUCAGAGCAGAAACACUCCUGAGUCUGAAGGCCACAUACAGAUGGAGAACAUGAGGGUCCGUUAAAGACCCUGAUCAGGCCUGCAGGUGAACAUCAGGCACUUUGACAGUCUGGGUGAAGUCUUCAGGGACCCUGAUCCAGUCUGAGGUGUAAAAACCACCACCUGGAUCACCUUUCUGUGGAGAUCUGCUGCUGUGUCCUCAGGUACGGUGGCCGAGAACCGACACUGCUGCAAAAAAUAAAGAAUGCAAAAAAAAAAAAAGAAAUCGAAGCUCGCUGCAAAUUAAAAAAAAGCCACAACAGAAGUUAACGAUGCAAAAAAAAAAGAGUUACUUACUGUAAAAAUAAAAGGAUGCAAAUAAAAAAAGUCACAACAGAAGUGAGCUGUCGAGGACCAAUAAUGAUGAUGCACCGGUGUUUUACGAUCUAGACACAGAAGACGUGAAAUGAAACAAGAACCUUUCCACGAACUUCUUUGUUCGUCUUCUGUCCCUAGAUCUUAAACCCCGGUGCAUCAUCAUUAUUGGUCCCCAGCAGCUCACUUCUGUUGUGACUUUUUUUAUUUGCAUCCUUUUAUUUUUAAAGUAAGUAACUUUUUUUUUUUGCAUCGUUAACUUCCGUUGUGGCUUUUUUUUAAUUUGCAGCUGGCUCUGGUUUCUUUUUAUUUUGCAUUCUUUAUUUUUUGCAGCAGUGUCGGUUCUCGGCCGCCGUACCUGAGGACACAGCAGCAGAUCUCCACAGAAAGGUGAUCCAGGUGAUGGUUCCAGGUGACGGUGCAUCAUCAUGAUCGGUCCCCAUCAGCUCACUUCAGUUGUGUCUUUUUUUUAUUAUUUUAAUUUAUCUGCACUGUUUCUUUUUUUUAUUUGUAGCGGGCUUCGGUUUCUUUUUUUUUUUUUGCAUUGGUAACUUCUGUUGUUCCGUUUUUAUUUGCAGCAGUGGCAGUUUUCGGCCUCCGUACCCCUGGAAUGAUGUAAUUUUGAAACCUGCAGUAAUCCCACAUGUGUGUGUUUUUGUGGGUUAAAAGUGCACACAGGUUUGUGAGUGUGAGGGGUUUUUUAAGGCGACGGUCUCUGUGGAGUUUCAGAGUGACGCAGGAGAAGACAGGCGGUGAUGACAUCCUCUGAAAAAGAGGCUGCAGAGAGAGAGAGAGAGAGAGAGAGAGAGACUUUACUGGGAAAUAAUGGAAUAAUCAAGUGAAGCAGGAAGUCGACAUGCUGUCGAACCCCAAACUAAGGAUUCACCCGCCUGCAGGUCAAUCUGGACGCUUGUUUCAUGCUGCAGAGCACGGCUGCUGCGCCGGCUGAAUGAAGCCUCAUGAAUUAAUAAGAGCAGCUAAUGACCCGUGACAGAUCGAGCUUGUCCCAGCUGCUCCGUUGGUGCUCAUCCAGACCUGCACUGAGUGUGUGUGGGAGAGAAAGGGGCCUUUUACAGUCACACAUGAAAGGAUGAGACGGCUCUUUGAGUGAACGGCUGAAGCACGACUUUCUCUGCAGCCUGACGGUCGGGGCCUGCAAACACAGCUGCAUCAGCUGAUCAGCAGAGCGGGGUUGUUGCUCCGCACACGUCAGGACAUGUUACAGGUUGUUGUGAGCCUGAAACCGGUGUCCCUUCAGCUGUGAGCAGGUCUGCUCCUCUCUCUCAUGGAUGUCCCCGUCCUCCUGCAUGUUCUCAGGGGCUCAUUUCAGGUCACGUACCAACAACAAGAGAGAGAGGCUGUGAAUGGAGCGAAUGAAGAGUGUUUAUUCCUGUUUGUUUAUGCGAGUGUGUCUCAGGCUGGAGCUGAAGCGAGAGGGAGACGCAUCCUCUGUCUCCCAAAACGCACAACAGGAAGGCCCAGUUUACUCCCAGAGAGUCCGCACACUCGCCAGAUCAGACCCGAGGCUUCAGUUCAGAAAGAUCGGUAUCUUAAAGGGUCCACAAGACCCUCAGGAUCUCACUGUUUAGACCUUUUUACAGUGACUGAAACCAGAGUGCAGAGAGGUCCAAACACAGAAAUAACUGAUCAUUUUAGACUUCAUCGUAUUUAAAACUAAGAAGUAAGUGUAGAUAUAUAAGUUUAUGUAUAUAUGGGAUAUGUGUUUGCUCUAUCAGGACAGGAGUGGAUCAGCACAGGACUCCAUAAACUAAUGAACACAAUAAUUUUCCAUUUCUAAUGAUUGAUACUCAUCAGCAGAUCUGAGACACAAAUAUUGCAGCUUUAAAAAAGUCACUUUAGGCAGAGGAUCGGUCCUGUAUAUUUGUGUGACACACCGCUGCUGCUGUUCCAAAGAAGAACCCGUAGUUCAGCAAAGUUUUGUAGCUUUAAUAACUCAGAAAACGCCUCUACAGUGACCAACGACUCCACGCGUACAUCAGAUAUAAUAUGUGUUCACUUUCAGACGUGUAUCAUCGCAAAACAAAGAACAUAAAGCGCUGUCAACGAAUAUUACGGCUAGUUCGGCUCACCUCUCCACCCCAGUGCAGGUAAGACCGCCCCUUAUAUGACCUACCGGCUUUCAAACACAGUGACCAUGUGACCCAAACCCAGCGAAACCAACGGCAACCAGACAGAAGUAACUGAACCCAGGAUAACCGAUCAGCAAACAUUAUGAUUCCUAAACCCAAACUUCUCUAGAGGAGACGUUCCCUCAUGAAACCUGUUUGUCAGGCUUUUAUUUUGAUAGUUCCUGUAAAGAACAUGCUUUUAUUUUGAAGUAGUAACACACUGACUUACAGAUGAGUGCGAAAACAAGCCUACAGUAAUAAAACCAGAGGAAGAAGAAGCAGCAGCUUUUAGUGAGCUAGAUUUAGCAUCCCUCUGAGAUUUCUCAGGAAUCAAAAACAACGUUCGAGUUUCUGAUCGACUCUUUCCGACUGUUUUUUUAACUAAAACUCAGACACCUGGAGUUUCUGUGUGAGUGAUUAUUCCCGCUGAUCUCCGUGUUUUUUUAUCAGCACUUGUGGAAACUAGAUAUUGAUUAAAAGAAGCAGAGAUGGAGAUUAUCCGAUUAGAUACUUUAAACCUGGGGGAUCAGAAAGGAUUGAGGGUCAAUAUGCUGCUUCAUGUUAAUCACCGAGUGGAAAAUGUCAAUCACUCUGACGACCACAGCAGCAGCAGCAGCUCUGAUCAUAUUGAAGCAUAUCCUUGUGUGACCGCCAUCUUACAUAAAGCCAAAUGGUAUUAUACACUUUCAGUCAGAUGCAGCCCAUACGCUGUUUAAUCAAAUUGAUCGUUACAUAACAAAGUGAGUGGGCUCCUGCUCCAUCCUCCUGUGGAGCUGAUCCACGCUCUCCACAGAAGAAGACACUCUGUGGAUGAUGGGUAUCUGAGUCUCCUCUGAAGUCCAGUUAGUGGCAGGAAACGGCGAGGAAAGCUCUGCUGUCGUAAAGAUCGAUGUGAGCCGAGGAGAUCUGGGGUCACAGCAGAUCCAGAAAAACUUCCACUGACUUCAGCCUGACGUGGUCGUUUGGUCCAGUGGGCUCGGUCUGAACCGGCCUUUUUGACGUUAGAUAGAGCGGGGAGCAGCAGGGCGGUGUGUGUGUGUGUGUGUGUGUGUGUGUGUGUGUGUGUGUGUGUGUGUGUGUGUGUGAGCAGCAGAGGGGUGUGGGGGUGAAUUCCUUUGUUAAAGUGUAACCUGAGCCCAGCCGCUAUGACGAGAGCAGCAUCAGUGCAGUAGACCCUGAGCUUGUCCAGUGUGUGUGUGCGUGUGUGUGUGUGUGUGUGGGUCUAACUGCCUCCCCAUUCACAACUCUUUCUGGCAGCAGGUCCAGAUUCCAGGCCAGGCGAGCGAACGUCAUCGGCUGUCUGAGUGAAUGAGAGUAAGGGGGAAAAACUGCGUCGCUGCGUCCAGAUGCCUUUCUUGAAUUGCGGUACCAGAGCCGGGUAUUUAGUUUGGGCUACUAGCCUGAAUUCCACUCCUGAUGCCUGCUGGCUCGCUCGCCCUCUCUCUCUCUCUCUCUUUCAGCCUGCCGUGUUUUUGCAGGUUGUAGCUGCACAAGUUAAGAAAACAUGAGAAAGUCCCUGCUGUCGUAUUUGGGCGUCAUUUCAGGACAAGGAAGUUCUUCAUACGGUUCCAGCAGGUCACUGAACGACGUGAACCUCAUUGAAUAACCGCAGAGGUGAUCGAUCAGGUUAUGAAAGAGAAGAAAACGGCCUCCAGCAUUUAUGGAGGUCGACUUAAGAGGUGAUAUGAUGAGGAUGAAAUGACAAGUGAUGAUAAUGUACAGAUGUUAAAAAAUCUCUAUGAUAAACGAGUUUGCGUUUUAUUGUCGCUCUUUUUGUCCGAGUUCUUCUUCACAUCACUUUUCCUGGUCACGGCUGACUGAAUUGGAUUUUGAGGCUUACACCUGGUGGACAGUGGAGGAACUGCAGUUUAUUGUACUUCAGCGUUAGCUUUGGUAUUUAUCACUAGAGGUUGGUGCGUGUUUGACAGACUCUGUUACAGAAUCAGGUGGUUUCUAUGUAACCCCCAAUUUCCACGGCAACGACUACAAAAAGGUCGUAUCCGCCGAUCGUAGCUGAUCGUAAACUUCCUCCUUUCCGUUCCUCUGCGGAUCGCCGGACUCCUCAGCUGAUCACAAGAGUUCUAUUUUUUCUGGACGCCGGAGCAUGGCGGAUAAAUUCAGCACAGAUUAACCCGUGCUGGAAAGGAAGUCGGGCACAGACUUCAAAAUAAAACAUCCGGCUUCUUUUCAAAAUAAAACACUCCGUGUUUCAGGAGGAUCGUAUUUCACACCAUGCAAACAGGCGGAGACGAACAAGUGAAAGGUUUUUAGAUGUCAUUUCACCCCGAUGACACCAUGGAUGAGGAGAUGCUGAUUCUAGAAGUCUAGAAGUAGAUUUCCUCCUCUGGAAGGACACAAUCUACUGCUUCUAUGUCUAUGUGUCUGUCUUUAGAGAGACAACUCGUUAUCGUGAGAUUGAACGUGAAUCUGCAGGUUCUUGUGAGUUCUCGUGAUUCCUGCUGUCUGUAAUCCGCCACGAAAUUCAAAAGCUGUCUGCAGAAUUCAUGAGCUUUAGAUAUUUCCAACCCUCACAAUGAGGUUUUUAGUAAAACUAAAGAUCCAUUCGACUCUUUGAAAAGUCUCAGUCUGGAUUGCAUCAAACCUUCCCUGUGUUGGACCUUUUCGUGACCUUUUGACCUCCCAGGAUCUGCAAACGCAGCUGAUCAGACAGAACAACAACCUGAGAUAACAGACUGAAGGAUUCGUCAGCACACGCGUUUGUUGUUUCGGCUCCGGCUGCUUUCAGGGCGUAUGAUGCAGGGGGAGGGGGGAGUUUCUUUAUCAGGUGACGGCGGUGCGGCGGGUCUCGGCAUGUCGCGGAGCUGCGGCAGAAUUUCUAUGAAAUAAGCAGGAAAACCUGUUUGAAUUUGGCUCCACAGAGGUGUUUGAUGCUCGGCCCGUCAGCUCAGACGAGUCUUUGUUCAGCAGAGUCUUUGAUUCAGACCUUAUCUUCCUCUUCCUCUCAAAUAUAAACACGAACCUCCUCCUUUUGAAGGACGGCGCGCUGACACGGCGUUUCAGACUGUUGAGUAGUGAGGAGAACCGUCUGUCGUCUCCUCGCCGGGUCCUGAGGAGGAGAUCCUGAUCUGUUGGUGACCCUCAUGUCGGUGUCAUUGAACCCGGGUCAGUACCGUUUGGGUUGUGACCUCGUUCCGCCGCAACUUCAGCACCUCUGCAUUAUGUUGAGUUAAUUUUGGCGUCGAGGAUAAUGAGGAUAAAUAAAUGUUGACGCACUAAUUUUACAUGACUAAACAGACAUUGACGUAAAUGGAGAGCAAACAUGGAGGACGGCGGUGAAAUCUCCGUUAACAGACUCUGACGAAGAACCAACCGAUGAUCCGCCGUCAGGUAGAAACCCUCGCCGCUCCAUCGUGGUGUCUGUUUACUGUUCAGGUCUCCUCAGGUGAACCAGCAGACCCGCCAUGCUGAGCGGCGUCCCAAAGAUCUCCACCUUGUUUCCUCUCAUGGUCGUGUUGAAGCGCCGCCGACUCUGAGCGACUGUUUUUCAUCUCCGUUCAGUUUGAGUUUGAAUUUUUACACGAAUGUUUGAAUCUUUAAAAUAAUUCCUGAUCUGGUCGAACACGGAGACUCAAACCGAAGAAAAAGCAGAGAUACCGAUUCCUCCGUCCACACCGCGCCACAAGGCUGGCUGUGUUUUGAGUGGGAGUGUGACUCAUUUCUUCUUGAGUGGAAAAAUUCAGCUCUCUGGCUCUCUUACUAUCUCUAUUGUUAUUGCUGCCUCUGCCCACACAUACAGUAUACAUAACUCAGCUGGAUGCAACAAGUUCACUCCUGUUCUCCGGAGGCUGUCGAGUGGAAUUCUGGGAUAUAUAGGAGAGAUAAUCAUCUAAAGCAGAAGUAGACAAGGUGGGCUGAGGGAAAGUGGAAGCAGAAAAAUGUGAAUUUUAAACGGCUGUCAGUGAAGCUCUCCAGGAAUGCAGCAGCAUUAGCGGCGCUUCAGCCUUUUUCAGGGUUUUUUUUUCCCCUUGUGUCAGACAGGAAAGUGAUGAGCGGAGCGGCUCUCUGUUGUGUCUUAGUGCACUUUAGAGUCUGAGAUCUUCUUUACUUUGCUAUCAUGUCUUUUUAAUGGAGCGUACAGCGAAUAUUUGCUGAGCAUUAAUCCCGGAAUAAUCAAUACGGCGUCUUUUAAAGCUUCUCCGCUAAUGUCUGCAGGAGCGCCGCGGCUCCACUUCACUUUAUAAACUCACACACUCACAGUUCGGAGCGAGUCCAGCUCCUGAAAUGUAAAUGUAUGAAAAUGAGGAAGAAGCUGAACAUUAUUCAAAGAUCCUGAGGAGAGACGUAACGCUCUGUCAACAAAGAGCGUUCCUCACAGGAGCUUUAAAGGGAUGAGGAAGAGUUUUUCAGUGUUUGAGUCUGAAACUGCAGAGAGACGUCACGCAGGCCGGGCUACAGUUUUUACACGACCUCCUAAUAUGUCUGAUUUAGAGACUCUGACCCAAACACACAUCUUAGUUUUAGGGCUGUACGAUAAAUCGAUUUUAAAUCCUAAUCAGAUUAUUUGAUUUUGACGAUGUUAAAAAAAUUAAAAUCCUCAAAUCGAUUUUCCUCUCUAUCAUGUCUCAUGCCUCCAGGCCACCGUAGGCUCCUCCCCCUUCCUGCAGUUCCCACACACACCAGUGUAAACAAACAUGGCGUUUGCAAAAGAAGGCGAUAAUUUUGUGCCUAAAUAGGACAAGAGCGAGUCAGUCGUGUUGAAUUGGUACGACUUCACAGUUUAAGAUGAAGAGUAAACCACUCCCUGCUGUAAAGUCUGUCUGAAGGUGGUUUCAACCCGUCACCACGGAAACAAAUUUCUGUCAUAUCUGCGUUUCAUCCACACGGAAACGACGACCAUUUCAUCUCCGUGUGGAUGUCUAUCUGCAUCUCUGGAAACGAUCAUGUGACACACAGAGUAACUCUAUUAUGGCGCCAAAACAACCUUUAUACACAUGCUCUGUACUCUUCUUCUGCCUUUUGUGCAUUUCCUGUGCAGCGUUACAGCGCCACUUACUGGCUUGGCAUAUGAACUACAUCGUUUUCAGUGGUUUGGUUUUGAUGAAGUUUGGUGAAGUUUUCACUGAAUAAAAAAUCAAGUUUUCAGAGAAAAAAAAUCGCGAUUUCAUUUUUGGCCCAAAUCUCACAGCCCUAACUCAGUAUCUGUGUUUUCGCUUUACUGAGACAUGAUCCACCUCUUUACUCUGACACCAGAAAGCCUGUUUGUUUUUACUGUAUUUGCAGAAACAUGUUUAAAAAGUAUCUGUGAUUCAAGAGUCGCUGAUAUAUUAUCAGUUAAGAUGUAUUUGUAUCUCGGCUUUUCAUAAUCUGAUGUGUGUAGAGUUUGUUGUCUCAGCUUCAGCAGCUAACUCCGUGAGAGCUGAACUCUGACUCUGAAGACACUCGGACAUUCAGGUUUUAGAGACAGGAAGUAAAGGAGCUCGGAGGAUGUUGGAUUAUCUGCAACAAACCCUCAUAAUGUCGUCAGCCAUGUUGACUGAAAACAGGCUGAAAUGGCGUGAAGAAACCCCCCCUGUCUUCAUACGACUGCGUCUUCGGGCGCUCAGUUUAGACACGAGAAAACACCCAAAAUACUCAGGUGUGAAUGUUUCUGUGGUCGGUGUAGAGACAGUCUGAGAGUUUGACGUCAGAGGGAGGCUCGCUUUAACGGCGCUCAUGGGAAACUUUGGAGGUAAAGAUUAAAAUCUGAGUCUUCAGGCUCACAUGGUCGAACUCGUCGUCUGAGGAUUGUUUAUGUUUUAACAGAUUUAUGGUUCCUGUGGUUUCAACAAGAGGUCAAAAGGUCAAGCCUCCAAAAACCUGAAACAGCAGCUCUCGCCGUCUCCACCUCAGCUCCUCCAAAAGCUUUGUGUGUUUCCUUGGAGGGACGCCGCCACCGCCGUCACGGGGACAAAGAACGUGGAAUGUCAACAUGAGAGUAAGACGUGGAACAAACAUCUUCACGAAGAGCGUCUCAGAGAGGAGCAGUGAUCCCUCUGAAGAUGGCGUUUUGUUUCUGCUGCAUGUGUGCGCACGUCCAAACGCCACCACGCGCUCCGUCGGCCUGAUAAGUUCUUGUUUUCACUGGAGGCACUUUCACCCGUGUUUGCUCGCUCGUGACGUAACCGCGAGAAGAAUAUAAUCAUCGCUCACAGAGAUCCAGGAUUACGCCGCCAUAAUGUUCAGCGGCCUAUCAAAACAUUUAUGGAGGUGAGCAAACACGCCAACGCCAUGUCGGAGCGCCGGAUCGAGCUGUUAGAGCCAGCUUCAUGUGGACUAUGUCCUCCUGGAUUUUUAUGGAUGAGCAAACAGAGUGUGUGUGUGUGUGUGUGUGUGUGUGUGUGUGUGUGUGUGUGUGUGUGUGUGUGUGUGUGUGUGUGUGUGUGUGUGUGUGUGUGUGUGUGUGUGUGUGUGUGUGUGCCUGCUGGGUUAUAUAAUUCAAGUCUAUUGAAUAUUUCCCUCCUCACAUUCCAUAUUUUAUAUAUUUAUAGCUCGGCGUUCUGGUGGCACAUGACAGGAAACGUUCCCCGCCUUCCUCGCUGCCUUUGUCAGAGUCUCUCUCCCCCACGCCACCCUGCCCCCCCCGCUCGCCCAGGAUCCACGCUCAGUUGUUUCUUUAUGAAGAGACGGCGUUACUCUGGCGAUGGCUGCCUCUGAGGUCACGGACCGGUUUGACCACCUCCGUUUGUAUCAACACAUCGCUCUGCCCUCGGGCUGAGCGCUAUUUAUAUCUGUAAUGUUUACGGGGACAUAAAGGCAGGAAAACAGACACGUGUGUGUGUGUGUGUGUGUGUGUGUGUGUGUGUGUGUGUGUGUGUGUGUAAAGCUUUGGUUGUUAAAUCUGCUCCAGGCGACAUGAGCGUAUACGACUGAGUGUUUAAGGCGUUAUCUUCAUCAUCAUCAUCAUCAUCAUCAUCGUCGUCGUCGUCGUCGUCUCUGCAGCUGCUGACCUCCCUCCUCUGUUAUUGUCUGUGACUGAAUCUGACUUUAUAACCCCUCAUUAAGUGCUUUACCAUGUGACACCCCUCCCCCAGGUAGGGGGCGUACGUCACAGAUGUUUGCUUCAGCAGAUGUUGUCAGGACCGCCGUGAUAAUGGCGGCUCGUUCAGGAUGGUCAUGAGGCGGCUGACAUGACAUCAUGGUGGAACAGGGCAACAAAGAGCGUCUUCCUGCUAUAGUCCUCCCCUUCUGCUCGGGUCUGGGCAGCGUUUCCCCGUGACUUCCUGUGGCACACAAACUAAACUUUACCCUUAAACGUCCUCCGAACGACAACGAGGUGAAGAAGAAGAGUUUUUAGGAUUGACUCUGCGCUCACUUUGGAAAUAUACUGAUGUUAGAGUUUAUCCUCCAACUCAGAGCUCAGAGUAAAUGUAUGAAUGAUUGUUCUUGACUCCUGUCUUUGUUUUCGUGGAGGUAAACGUCUGUUCUGGAUGUUUCUUAAACGAAGAGCGUGAGUCCACAGAGAGGCAGGAAAAGGAUGUUUUAGUGCGAGUGCAAACUUCUCGUCUUUGCUCCACGCUCUUCUUCUUCUUCUUCUUCUUCUUCUUGUGUGUUUGCUGCCCCGUUCUUUUGCAUACACAGGAGCAGCGGCGCUCACCUGCAGCUCUGAUGCAAAUAAACGCCGAGAAUCGAACAGCUCGACUUUGUGGCGGAGAAGGAAGCGGAGAACAAAAGCGCUUGUGUCGUCGUCUGGCUUGUUUGUGUCGAUACCUUGCUGACCACGGCGGUGUGACUCAGCCGUGAGGCCGACAUUUAACACAUCAGACAAAAGAGGUGAUGUGAGAACGAGCCGGGGUUGGAUAAUAACGAAAACAUAAUCAGGCCUUUGUGUCGAACGGGGAGGAAAUUUGAUGUUGGCGGGAGGGAGCGGGGAGGAGGACUGUUGGACUGAAGAGACCGUCUCAGUUUUUGCAGAAGUGUAGUGUAGGUGUAGGUGUAGACAAUAACACACACACACACACACUCUCAGUUCACGGUCGGCUCUGCUGCAGAUGUUGUUCGAACAUACAUGCCAGAUGCACAGCGUGAGAUUCAGGAUGUGGUUUGGGCUGGUUGUCCACAGCAGAUCUGAAAGUACGUCUGGAGUGACAGUGUAAGUGGAGGUGUUUCAGACCACAGAGGCCAUGUGUGUGUGUGUGUGUGUGUGUGUGUGUGUGUGUGUGUGUGUGUGUCAGCGACAUGCUGGUUAAAGGCCGGGAUUCUUCAGUGUGUCAACACUCUGUGAAGAAAACCUCACAGCUAAGCAGGGACGUUUUUGAGCGUGUGGACGGACGAGCCCCGCAGAACAGCUCCACUCGGUUAAAUUGGGCAUGAGGACAUUACUAGAGAGAGGUCACAGCAGAACACACACUCUCACACACACACUCUCACACACACACUCUCACACACACACUCACACAGAGGUUUGGGAUGCCGGUAACCCCCUGGUGCCGUGCCAGACGGAUGUCGUUCCCCCUUGACCUUAUUUUGGCUUCACUCGACAUGCCUUGAUGAUGUCAGAGCCGCUAAGCAGAAACAUAAAUAAAGGGCGGCGAUCACACCGCCGCCGCCAUCAUGGAACAAAUGAGAGUGAGGAGUUCCUGUGUGCAGCAGCAGCAGAGCGCUCUCUCCUCUCUGUGCAGAACAUACUUGAGCUCAUGUGUAAGUGACGGACCAUCAGAGACCGAAACACGGAGCAGAGAGGACGAAAACACGAAAUCUUCGCUUCCCUCUUUGUUGAUAUUUACGACCCUUCUGUAAACUUCCCCUCAGUCCUGUUAGUUACAUAUUUCCCCUUCAGCGAGCAGAUAUACAACAGCCGGCGGCGGCGGCGGCGGGGACAAACAAUGCAACAGAGAAUUUAUUUUUGAGGUCACGGUGAUCAGAGAUGUCAGGAGACACCGAAGCCAGACAGGAAAUGUCUCAUUAUGUCCAGAUGGACGAGUCUUUUGUAUGAAGAUGAAUAAUUUUUUAUUUGCAUGUUUGCCAGAAGAGCUGGGCGUGUUCCUGUGUGGAUGUUCAGGCCUCUGCUGUUCCUGGACUCGGUCCUAAUGUUCGUUACAGCUGCACAAAUUAAAGACACAGACGAUCGGCGAGCUGUCUGGAGGUUUUCAUCUGCACACCUGUGUUUACUCUUCCUAAACCUAAAGUGGAGUUAGAGACAGCUCAGGUCAAGUCUUCAUUAUUUAAAUCCAGACUACAGAGGGUCAUCGAGUCCCAGACAUGAGGUCUGAGUAUCCGAACACGUCUAAUUACCUUCAUUAACCAGCAAUUAGACAGAAACAGCAACCCAACAAAUCUAAUUUAUCUGUCUUUAAGGAUUUAUUAUGAACUAAGAGAGAGACAGCGCGCCGCUGCUGACCUGCUGCACCGAGAACAAGAGAGAGAGAGAGAGAGAGGGAGAGAGAGAGGGAGAGAGAGAGAACAAGAGAGAGAGAGAGAGAGAGAACAAGAGAGAGAGGGAGAGAGAGAGAGAGAACAAGAGAGAGAGAGAACAAGAGAGAGAGAGAGAGAGAGAGAGAGAGAGAACAGGAGAGGGAGAGAGAGAGAACAAGAGAGAGAGAGAGAGAGAACAAGAGAGAGAGGGAGAGAGAGAGAGAGAACAAGAGAGAGAGAGAGAACAAGAGAGAGAGAGAGAGAGAGAGAGAACAGGAGAGGGAGAGAGAGAGAACAAGAGAGAGAGAGAGAGAGAACAAGAGAGAGAGAGAGAGAGAGAGAGCUCUGCUAAUAUAAUCAUUAACCAGAGUUUCUACAUUCACUGUAGGUCUGAGUUAUUAUCUUCAUGCUCAUGUCACUCUGUUAAUAUUCUUGGUUUUCAUCGCUGUUUCCACCGUCCUUUAGUUUGUUGAAAAAGUAACAUGUUUUAUUUUGAUGCUAAUAUUAAGAGGUGCAUUUAUUCAGUCCUCCUCCGUCUUUUUACCGUCUUUCUGAAAUAGACGAUAACGUUCAGCUCCGUUUCUUCUCAUCUCUAAAAAUCAGGAAUAUUUUCCUGCAGAUUUUGUUUCACAGACUCGACAGCCUGUUUCCUCUGCAGGGCCGUGUCCACACCUGUGGACUGGGGGGGCUCAGCUGGAGCGCUGACAUAGACAGGGGUGGCCAGAUUCACUCACAUUAACCCUUUUUACUAUUACUAUUUAACAAAAACUAAAAAUAGUAUGUUUUUUUACAAUCUGCUGUUUUUACAGUUAUACCAGAAUUAUAUUAAAGUUUUUAAAAAGUUAUUUUCUUAUUAAAUUACUUGAUAAAUCACCAGAAUAAUCAAUCAGAUAAUCGAUUCAUGGCAAAGGUAAUCAAGUAAUCGGAUUCCUGCUUAGCAAAUAUUUCAAUGAUAUUUUUUUAUUCCUCAUUUUAAAUCUAAAUAUGACAGAUCAUUGACAGAUCGGUUGGUUUUAAUGAAAAAUUAAGGAGGUCAUGAAACACAGAAAAAUGUCUGUUUUUUAGUUUUAAUUAGUUUUCUGUGUAAUAGGACGUCCUUACACAAUAAAAGGGGAAAAAAUAGCUUCAGAAAGCCGAGCAGGAACCCACUGACCUAAAGCAAUGUUCUCUAAAGCUGUGAAAUAGCGACCUUACGCAACUCUAAAACAAAGAGGGUUGAUCUGACCAAAGUGGUAAAUGAGGUCAGUCAUCGGCGGGCAGCGGCUGAGUCGGGAUGAUGUAGGUGACGGUGACAGAAAAUCCUCAAAAAAACUCGCCUGAUUACAGGAAAGGGAGUCAGAGGGGAAGGUGAUGGUGGCGAGGAGACUCCGAAGAGGCAGGAAGGGGAGAUGAGGACUUGAAGAAAAUGAAGGAUAAAUAAAUACAGACAGAGAGAGAGAGAGAGAGAGAGGGGAAAGAAAACAGGACACAGAGAGAGAGAGAGAGAGGAACUCCAUCAUCUGUGGAUGUCUCAGCAUUGUGUGGAAGUUGAAUGCCUGGGUGGAGCGAUAAAGUUUGGUACAAUAAUUUGACACGGCGUUGACCCCUGACAGGAAAUCUGUGCCAUUUGGUGGGCGCUUUCAUCCACAGACGCCUCGCAGUAGCGUUGGUUUUAGCCCGGCCCCCUGAGGAAUGACCUUCUGCGCUCGUUGGCAGACGUCAUGAUGUUAUUAAAGAGAUGAAAAUAGUUGUGAGGAGUAACCUUACGUCUUUAAACUGUUGAAUCAGGAAGUGUGUUCCUCUGGUUCGGUCUGCGGUGGUGUUGGUGAGGAGCAGGUGCUGCAGACAGUUAAUGAUUCUCCGAGGGGAUAUUCUGACUCGGGUUAUUAAUACAUUCAUGCUCAGUGUUUGUCUGCGGUGAUACGGCCACAACUCUGUGUGUCAGCGCCGGGAUGAUGCAAGAUCUGGAUCAGCUAACAUCAGGCUGAAAAAAGAGAGUUAAACCUCAACAAUCAAAUCUACGAAUGACCCUAAACUACAGAGGAGUGAACUCGACGAAGUUACGACGAAUUCUCCUGAUUGGACAGCUCGUGUUUUAGUGCUCAGAUGAACUCUGAGACAAACCAGAACUGUGAAGAGUCACUGUAAGAGUCUGAAACUCCAGAUUACAAGAUUAGGAGGAUAGACUUUAUAAGCUUCGGUUUCGUCACUCAUUUAUUAUCUGAAGUGGCGUUUUGACGUGGUCACCAUAUUGGAAAUACUAAAACAAACAAAGUCGGGCCUUUAGCCUCGUCCUGAACAGCCACAGUGUUCCUCUGAUUCGCUGAACUUCUAACUUUAUUAUCUUCAAAAUCAACAUGUGACAAAUAACCACUUCAAGUUCAGUGUGUAACGAGAGAGAAAUGAAGCUGCUGUAGAUGUGGGUGGGCGUCUUUGAAUGAGUGUGUAUGUGGUUUCAGAGCCAGCCUCUAGUGGACACUCCAGGAACUGCAGCUGGUGGGGCGUCCAAGCUGUCUGUGGUGGGUCCAAACAGUCCUGACCCACCAGAGGCGACCAGAACACCUCGAGUUAUGCUGCUCAGAACCUACAAUCCUGAGUGUUUGGGCCACAUUUAGAGAUAAGGGUGUUCCGAUACGAUAUUUAUGUCGGAUAUCGGUCUGAUAUCAGCCAAAAAAACAAAUAUCGGAUUAUAUCGGCCUGCAUCUAAAAUCUCUGAUAUCAGCACCGUGAUACAAGCAGUCCAUUCCAGACUCCACGUCGGCACCUCUAUCUAGCAGCGCCUGGAUUCAGCAUGAAGAGCCACAUGAUCACAACAACAGUGUAAAGUGACAAAGUAGUAAAGAGUAAAAGUGAUGUCGGCAGUAUUUUUCAUUAAAGUCUGAAAAAGACAUCACAGCUGAGUGCAAAACUUGUCAUACACAAGUUUGUGCCAAUAUCGGAUCAAUAUCGAUAUCAGCCGAUACUGAAGGCUACAAUAUCGGAAACAAUCGAAAGUCAGACAGUUGUUAUCAGGACACCGCUAUCUAGAGAAAAGUUCAGAUUUGAGGAAUAAAGAGAAAAGUUUUUGACUAAAAUGGUGUUUGUGACCUAAAAACUGAACGACAGUAAAUCUGUGUUCUCCAAAUAUUUACAGGAUGUUAUCUCACAUAUUUGUUUUGUUUCUGUCUGAGGAAAUAUUCAUUCUUGGAAACAUCUAAAGACAGUAAAUGACUGUAAUAGUCCUGCUGCUCUGUGUGUCGUUCACUUUAGCAGGAAAAUGUAAAAAUAGAGACAAAGAGGAAGAAGAGUGAAGUUAGAGUCGAGCUGGUGAAACUUUGGCCCAGUGCGCUUAUUCAACGAGGUUAACGUCCAGGAGUUCACGCUGAGGAAGAGUCGACUGUGGGCCAGACUCAGCUCUGAAACACUGAUGCUAACUCUUCACUGUCUUUAUCAUGAAUCAGGUCACAGUGACGACGUCGUCGGUGUGAUUUUCAGGUGAUUUUCAGGCGGCAGUGAAGUGAAGGCCGAGUCAGGACUGAUGGAGAAACCGUUAAAGCUUUCACUGAGAGGCGCCAGCAUGACGUCGUGCCUCUCACAUUCCUGGGUUAUUACUUAAAGAUGUCUGCUCGUCAUCGCCGCUCUCAUGCUCUCAAUGUUGCCUCUCACGCCGGGCGAGCAGCAGAUUUCGGUUAAAGGAAAUCCCUGUCAGUUCAUUAGAGCGCUCCUCCUCACUUUUCAGGAGGAACAAACAUGACGUGGAGCCGAGCAGCAGCAGCAGCAGCAGCAGCUCAGGUCUUUAAACCUCAUCUAGACCGUUUCUGAUCCAGACUGAGGCUGUGAGCUGGUUUCUGCUCCCCGGGGUGAGAUGUUGCUGAUGCACGAUUAUUCAGAGCCGAGGAAUCCAGUCUGGCAAAGUCCCGGGUUCUGAUGGGAACCGAGCUGGUUAGAAUAGGCUUUCUGUCUGUGUGGAUACACACACACACACACACACACACACACACUGUUCCACAUUCAGAAAAGCUACUGAGUGAGGAGGAAAGUAAGGAGAGAGAGUUUUUCAGAGGAAGUGAGACCUAAUCCAUGAAUUAUAUACAGAGAGAGAGAGAGACACAGCCCCUCUCUCUCUCUCUCUCUCUCUCCCCUUGUCGUUCGCCCCGUCAGACCUCCGUUUGCUCUCCUCUCAUGAACUUAAACUUUCUCACUCUCUUGUUCUUCUCAGGUGGAGGAGGAAAACGUAAAGGGAGGAGCAAGAAAUGGAAGGAGAUCCUUCGCUUCCCCCACAUCAGCCAGUGCACUGAGCUGGGAAACAGCAUAGGUGUGUAUGAGUGUGUGUGCUCACCUGUGUGUGUGUGUGACAACGUUCAGUGUUAAAUUGUGUACAUGUGUGUGUUUUCUUCCUGCAGAGAGGGACUAUGUCAGCAUGUGUGAGAAACAGCCAAUCGGACGGCUGCUCUUCCGUCUUUACUGUGAGACUAAAUUCAAGCUGCAGAGAUGCAUCCAGCUGCUGGACGCUAUGGUACGCACUCAGGUUUGCACUUCAACUCCGCCCCUUUCCUCUAAAUCAUCAUGUUUUUAUUAUCAUUGUGAACAGACUCUUCCACCUUUAACUGCAGGUUUACUAACAUUUCAGUGAAACUCUGGGUUUCCUGACACAGAGUACAGAUUGUAGUUGUGUCCCACAUGAGCUAACUACAGGGUGGGUUUGUAGAAUAACACCUAACCUAACCAGAGAACAUCAACUCUGUGGGUGGUAAAAGGCUCUUAUGUAAUCGCUCUGAGCAGAGAUAGAGAGUCUGAAGACUUCUGCAGCUGCAGCUUCACUCCUCAAUAAAACAUCCAGUUUGACAGAAAUCAUCGGUGAGACGGUGUUUAAAGCUCCUGUGAGGAGAUUUCUCAACUUUAUAAAACUGACCAAAGGAAAAACGACAACCUCAGAGUUAUUUAAUCCCAUUAAAAUAUUCACAAUAAAGGGUGAAUGAGUUUAAACAUAUUCAAGUAUAGAAUAGAAUAGAAUAGAAUAGAAUAGAAUAGAAUAGAAUAGAAUAUUCCUUUAUUGAUCCCCCAUGGGGGAAAUUUUUUUGUCACAGCAGCAUCACAGACAAGACAAAAAGUGCAAAAAUGCAGUUAUAACAAUAAGGGUCCUAAUAUUAAGAACUUAAAUAAAUGUAAUAAUUAAGAAAAAAAUUAGAAAAGGUAGAAGAAAAAAUAAAGCUUUGUACAAUAUAUACAAUUUAAAUGCCAUAAAAAAAGUGGUGGUUUAAAUUAGUUUUGUUACUGUUCAUUGUAAAGUCCCAUCCUGCAGGGUGGGAGUCUCAGUAUGUGCAGCAGAAGAGAAGCAGAGACAGAUUUGUCCACAGGGGGCGCCAGAAGUGAUGCAAACUAAGAGCUUUAAAAAGUGAAAUGAAAUAUCAGUAUUUAUGAGACAUGCAGGGUCGACUCGCUCAGGUGUCUCAGCAUUUAAAGAGUUAAAACUGACAGAGCAGUUUUCAUCAUCGUCACGUCUUUUCUCCAUCUUCCCGCAGCUAAAAACAAACAUGGCCGCCCCCUCCUUCCUUUGCGUGUGUGACGUCAGUGCGUUGUUCCACAUUAUAAGUAGUCUGAGUGAAAACCACGCUCUCAUCUGUAAACAUUAAACGAUUCCUCGAUCAUUUUUUGUUAUCGUUUCUACAACCUCCAUCAAAAUACUCCACCCUACAGCGUAACAAAUCCAAAGGUGUAGCUGACUUUAAACUCACCACACGGCGUAUUCACGACCUUACAUGGACGUGUGGGCUGGUUAGGAAAUAGGAAAAGGAAAUAUUGUAAAUCCAAACCACCAACUGAUCCAUUUUAACGUUCGUCAAAGAACAUAUUUGACCCCCUUUACAAAAGCAGUUCACAGCCUGGACUGAACAUUUUACCAACUUGAUCACUUCGUUAAUUUCCUACACAUGUUCUGAGGACGUGUAAAGGCUCAUGAGUUUGGGGGAAAAAAGCUUCAGUAAUAUCCGAAUCGAUCAGGAAUCAAUUUCACAAUAGCUCAUGCUAGCUCACCAAACCCCUUUCAAAAUACCCUGAAUUUACAUGUGAGCACAAACAGACCAGUUUUUCACCCUUAAAAUCUCCUGUUAGUCUCACUUCAGGUUAAAGUCUGGAAAUAUUCAGGUAAAAUAAUCACAUAUUUCUGUUCACACGUCGGGGUAACUCAGAACUUUUCAGGACCUCUGUGCACGUCUGAACGAGGCCGUCAUUUCAGCGAACUGAAUCACAGAGGAGUGAGAACCCUGACUGUCAUGAUUGUUAGUCGUCUCUUUAGUUGUUGUGAAAACAGUAAAAUUUCAGGACUUUUCCUCCGCCGCCUCACUGUCAUCAGAGCGUCUCCUGAAAACAGGCGGGUGCUGCGGGGUCAUACAGCCGGAGGAGACGAUUAAACUGAGUAGUGAUUAUUCAACAGACACAGACCCUCCUCCUCCUCCUCCUCCUCCUCCUCCUCCUCCUCCUCUUCCUCCCUCUGCCCCUCACCCGGCUUGUUGUCCCCCCUUUCCAAUCUUUCUCCCCUCGUCUAGACGAAUACCUCCCACAUGACACAUUUAAGUCUUUAUCUCUGCCCAGAAUAUCUUUGGGGGUCAUGUGACGGAGCAGAAAGGACGCCAUUGUUUCCCACACCAACACCCCCUUUUCCUCCCCUCUCCUCUCUUCCUCUCCUCACCCCCACCUUCAGCCUGCCGGCCCCAAAAGUGACCGAAAAUCACCCGCACCCGUUCAUCCCAAACACAUGUUGGCGCUAAUUCUGCCGUCCAUGUGACGCGGCGUGAGGCGGCGUGAGGCGGCGUGAGGCGGCGUGAGGCCAAACUCGGCGUUGAGCUUUAAACGGAGCGCUUUACUGACUGAUAUCAAAGUGAUUAAAAGACAUGUGAGUGUGUGAAGUUCAGAGUGUGUGUGUGUGUGUGUGUGUGUGUGUGUGUGUGUGUCUGUGUGUGUGUCAGAGUCAGAGUGUGUACAACAGAGGAAGGAAUGUGCUUGGGGGGUUUGAGUGGUUCCUCUUACAUCACGAAAAGGUGUGUGUGUGUGUGUGUGUGUGUGUGUGUGUGUGUGUAUGUGUGUGUGUGUGUGUGUGUGUGUGUGUGUGUUAGUUGGAUCCCUGCUGCGUCCAAAAGGCUAAAAGGGCGUCUUCUUUUCCCCUUUGGCUGACCCCCCACCGGCAAAGGGUGGGAUUCAGACAGCUCAUUUACUGUGUGUGUGUGUGUGUGUGUGUGUGUGUGUGUGUGUGUGUGUGUGUGUGUGUGUGUGUGUGUGCACCUCCCUUAACAAAGCCUCAGUUAAUCAACCUUUGGCAGCCGUCAUAAUUCGCUCUUUUGCUUUUAAAGAUCUCGAACCUCAGAUCUGCGGUCCUGGUUCAUGUUCCUCCUCAUGUCUCUCUGAUUCAUUCUCUCUCUCUCUCUCUCUCUCUCUCUCUCUCUCACACACACACACACACACACACACACCCACACACACACACACACUUUUACUCUUACUCUUUCUUACUUUUACUCUAAACUCCUUCUGCAGAGUUUGUGACGCCGUCCGUUUUUAAAGCCGUGUUUCCUUAAUCUCCUGGCUUAUCUGUGUGUGUGUGUGUGUGUGUGUGUGUAUCUAUAAAUGUGUGUGUGUGUGUGUGUGUGUGUGUUUUGUUGUGGAAAGCUGGUGACGCUGGUGUGACACACUGUGACACUCCAGGACCUCAAGGAAUCCCACCGUGUUUACUGUGCGGUUUCCAGGCAACGCAGGGCCAUGUUGGAAAAAGGCCACUGAUAGAAAGAGGAGAGGCAGCGUGCGGCCCCCGGGCGCCAUGUGCCGCCCCCUCCCCCCGCUCCCUUUUUGUGACAUGUUAAAAGUGCUGCAUAAGAACUGCGUCAGAGCGCUGCUCGAAUGUCUGACAGAGAAGUUCAGCGAGGCUUUAGGUGGAUUCAGGAUCCAGUUUGAGUUCUGGAUCUGAAGUCCGGGUCUAACCCAAACUGCUGACUCCUCAUGAGCCGAAGAUCCUGCAGGUGGCGCUCCUCUUGUUGCUCCAAAAUCCCUCGACUUUGGAAGGACCAGACUCAGACCAGAAUCAGGGACGUCUUUCAAACCCACUUCAGGAUUUUACUUUUUCUCACAGUCUUCACUGAUUCAUUUAAUCAGUUCUCCUCAUAUAUUUAGACUUUCACAUAAUUCAUGUGUUCAUACGUCCUCCUUUUCUGUCCCUGAUCACUUUGACUGAUUGAUUUAUCAGUUUGGUUAUUCCUCAGUGUCCUCUCGUUGAUUUAAAAACAGAUAUAAUGUUAAUAAAAACCUGUCGUUGAUUUCAGAUCGAGUUCAUUUGGUUUCUCUUUAAGUCGGUUUAAUGUAAAUGAAGUGUCCUCUUGUUGUUCUCUGCAUGACUUACAUGUAAAUAAAAAACGCUCUAGUUACAAAAAUCAACAAAGUUUGAUCUUCUUUGUAAAUGUAAAUAAAGUGCGAACAGAUUAUAACCCAGUUUUCAGACUCGUAUGAAUCUACAUUUUUGUUUUUAUGCAGAGUUUUUGUUUUUCGAUAAUUCCUCUAAAGUCCCUCCUAGUUUACACUAAUUUAACACCCCGGCUGUGCUGCCUUUAAAGACGAAGAUAAACAGUUAAAAACGUUGAAUAAGUUAAUAAGUUAUUCGUUUUAAACAUAGACUGUAUCUAGAAUAGACGCCGUCUGCCUCCUCUCUGUGAGAACAGCGCCCUCUGGUGACGGUCUGCAGUAUAGUUCAUAAACCCCGCCUCCUUAUGGAGCUGUGGACAAACUUUAUAAAUGAAUGACACAGAAUAUAAAUGUUUCUCCCCCCUGGUUGUGAUGUUGACAUGUAGUUACUGUCAGACUGGUCUGUGCUCAAGUCCUCUUUUUUCUGUACAGCUCCAUUUUUAAAAGUUAUUAGGGGGUUCAUGUUUUCUAUGAUUGACACCUGAUACAGCCAAUGGGAGGACAGAGAUUGAGUAGCUCACCCGGGGGAUACGCUGUUUGAGCAGAGCGUCAUCACAGUGACUCGGCGAGUUUGUUUUAUUGGGCCUCUGAAAUCGCAUCAGAGUGAGCGCUCUGUUCGUCAUGUGGAGCUGCGUGGGUCUCCUCCGUGUUUGCUAGCUUCGUACAAAACAAGCGUCUGUACACAUGUUACUGCUGUAUUUUUCUGCUUCUGCCUUAGAGACCAUCUGUCUGUGAGUAAAGUUUAAACAAUGUUGUUACUUAAAGACGGUUUUAAGUUCGUUAUGUUUACUGACUUAUGUUUUAUUCCAGUCUCUACGCCAGUCUUGUAAAGUUAAACCUGUUUGGGUUUUUUUUUGGUUGUUUUUGCGAACAGUGGAGUCGCCCCCUGCUGGCUAUUACAGAGAAAGCAUGUUUAAAGCAGCUCUCCAGGAUCCACCUCAUACAUACAUACAUGUGUUUGAAUAAACUGGACUCUCUCUGUCGUUUGUUGAAUCCUCAUGAUUCUGUGUCGACUUUUGUUGUGAUGUGAUUUAGGAAGACUACGAGGUGACUCCUGAUGAACAACGAAAAAGCAGAGGAGACCAGAUCAUCAAGACUUUUCUCUCCAAACAAGUAAGACUCUGAAUUUAAUCAUCAGGUCAUAAAUGUAAGAAUCAGCUGAUUUUCAUUUAUACAUGCAUACGUCCGUAUACGUCACCGUGUGUGUGUGUGUUUCUACAGUCACCUCAGCACGUGGAAAUCGCGGAGGCCUUUGCAGACCAGUGCCGAGAGAACCUGGAGCUCAGUCCAUGUAAGGAAAUCUUCAGCAACUGCAGCAAGUGAGUCCACUGUGUGAUUUUAGUCCUGGCUCUCACCUGUCUGCUGGAUGCUCACCUGUACUCGCUCUACCUGCUCUCUUUUUUCCCUCCUGUUAUGUAAGAGAAACAGCACAGAUAUUGUUCAGUUUUAUCACUUGAUGAGUGCUCUGACUGAGCUGACUGUUCUGUUGUGUGUGUGUGUGUGUGUGUGUGUGUUUUGUGUGGGAGCAGGACUGUCCAUGACUACCUGAGUGGAGCUCCGUUCUCUGACUACCAGAACAGCAUGUACUUUGACCGGUUCCUGCAGUGGAAGGUGUUGGAGAGGUACAGAAAUAAAAGCUCUUUUUUCGUUCCUUCUCUGAUCUGAUCGUGUUUCUGCUGUAAUUUCACUCAGAGAUGAUCUCCACUCUGAGUUUAUCCUCCUCACAAAGUGUUUGACAUCCUUCCUCCUUUUUAAUUUGACUUCCAUCAUAAUAAAGCUGCUGAGAUCAGACCGUCACAGCCUCACGUACUGAUGUGGACACCUGUGUAACCUCAGAAAGGUCAAAACAGCAGCUCCACUUCGUUUAGUCGUCAGUGUUUUAAUUGAAUUAUAUGUGGAGUGAAGAAACAACCAGUACGGACCUUCUGACAGGAUCUGUAUGUGGACAAUAAUAAUAAUAUGUAGUUUUUUAUAUCCUCCUAACUUAUAUUUAUUUAUUUAUUUGGAACAUGUUUGCAAAGAAAUAAAAUAAUAGAAAAAUGUUGUUUAUAUACAAAUGAGAAAAUGAAGGAAAUUAAUUAUACACGUUCAAAAAGAAAAAGAAGAUGUAAAUACUUAUAUAUAUACACAUAUAUAUGUAUAUAUGUGUAUAAAUAUAUAUAUAUAUAUAUAUAUAUAUAUAUAUAUACACAUAUACACAUAUAUACAUAUAUAUGUAUAUAUGUGUAUAUGUGUGUGUAAUAUAUAUAUAUAUAAAUAUAUAUAUAUAUAUUUAUCUGCGUGAAAUAUAUUCGCAUCCAAUGACUGGACAUAUGAAUUACCUUGAAGGACCAUAUUACCACGAAAAUCCAUCUGUUCUCAUGUUGAUUCUCAUGUUGAUAAAAGUAUAACAAUUUUAAAAAGAUAUUUAGAAUGGAUCAAAAAUAUAUAAUUUAUUUUAAUCAUGAUUAAUUAUGAUCACAAUUCGAUUAACCGCGAUUAAAUAUUUUAAUCGAUUGACAGCCCUAAUAUAUAUAUAUAUAUAUAUAAACAUAAAAAUAAGCCUAUAUCUAUAUCCAAUAGCCACACACUAUUUAGCAAACUUACAAACAGAAGACUAAAUUUACAUCAUAAAUAUGGAUUAAAGGUGAUUCUUGAUUGGCUGUGAACAUGUGGAUUUUUUUUUUACCUUUAUUUGCUCUGAUAAUAAUUAAAGUGGCCAAAUAUUAAAAUAAAGCAAACAGGUGAGGAAGCUUCUCUAGUGAAGAGUCCUGUAGCUGCAGACAGAAGCAGAUUUGAUGUAGAGUGCAUUUCAGAGUCAGCCGGACGUAAACAGCAGCUCUCAGAGCGGCUCUCAGAGCAGCGCUGAUUGUAUCCGUGUCUGGAAAGUGAAAUUACUUCCAAGAGGCCCCACCCUCUGCACAGGAAACAGACGCAGGAUGGUAUCGAGUUCUGCAGAUAAUACCUCCGUCCUAAUCAAUACGACAUGAGCAUCUAUUAAUGGGAUCUGCUGUGUCUGUGUUCUGUCAGGCAACCAAUCACGAAGGACACGUUCAGACAGUACCGAGUGCUGGGGAAGGGGGGAUUCGGCGAGGUAGGAGACGCAGCUUUUGUUAAUUGUUGGAGAUGAUGAUGAUUUGAAGGUGUUGUGAGUCACCAUCUGCUGUUUUUUUAUUUUAGGUGUGUGCCUGUCAGGUUCGAGCCACAGGGAAGAUGUACGCCUGCAAGAAGCUGGAGAAGAAGAGGAUAAAGAAGAGGAAAGGAGAGUCGAUGGCUCUCAACGAGAAGCAGAUUUUAGAGAAAGUCAACAGUAGGUUUGUGGUGAGUCAAAACAGGAACUUGGUCUGGAUUCAGUUUUCUGUCCAUGUGCGCUCUUUCCUUAACAGCGUCUGUGAAUUUCCUCCUCCAGGUGAGUUUAGCGUACGCUUACGAGACCAAAGACGCUCUGUGUCUGGUGCUGACCAUCAUGAACGGUGGAGACCUGAAGUUUCACAUUUACAACAUGGGGACGCCGGGCUUCGACAAGGACAGGGUCCAGUUUUAUGCUGCUCAGAUCUGCUGUGGGCUCGACCAUUUGCACAGGGAAUCCAUCGUCUACAGGUAACAGAGAGCGCCGCCUUUCCCUUCAGUCCUUCACCGUUUACCCCGACUGACUGACUGUUCUUAGUUUUUUUUAAAAGGCGUCUUGAGGCUGAGCGCUCGCCGUCUGUUUGAGUCAGGAUGUCAAACCAAACAUGAUCAGACUGAAGAAAUGAAUUUGCAACGAAGAACUAAAUUUGCACGACAUGUUUGCAUAACAAACCAGAAUAAGUCAGAGAGAACGAGAGAGAGAGGGAGAGAGAGAGAGAGGGAGAGAGAGAUUACUGUAACCAUCAGAUCUGAAUCACAGUUAGAACAGAGCUUCUGAUUGGUGGAGAGUUUGGAACGCAGCCUCUGAUUGGUCAAUUGAUGCAACAUAAAAGUGUAGAAGUGAAGAAAUGAUGACUUUGAAUGAAUUUGCUGAACGAAAACUUCGGCUCUACCUUUUUGAGUUUUUGUCACUUUUUCAGUUCAGUUUAUAAAUCCUGUCAGUCAUGAAGUCUGAACGUGUUUUUAUUUCUUCACUCUGUGUUUUUGUAGAGAUCUGAAACCAGAGAAUAUCCUCUUAGAUGACAACGGUGAGUUCUGAAAAUGUUUCCUCACAGAAGUAUUUUAGCUGAAUACUGCAGGUCGACACAAUCACAGAUAAACACUCUUAUAUAUUAUAUAUAAUUGAUGAUAAUCUGAAUUUAACAGGCUUUAAUGCUUUCAUGUUAUCUUAAAGGACACAUCCGUAUUUCUGACCUGGGGCUGGCUAUCAAAGUGCCUGAAGGCGAGCUCAUCAGAGGCCGAGUGGGGACCGUGGGCUACAUGGGUGAGAAAAACAAACUCACGUUAAACUUUACUUUAAUUUUCAUCAUUAAUCCUCAGAAAUAAUGAAAACAGAUCUGAAAAAAUGUCAACAUGAUGAGAUCGCAAAAGUCCAAAUUAUAAAACAAAUUUGUAAAAAAUUAAAUAAUCAAAUAAAAACGACAAAUUUUGAGGGAUUAAGUCCCUUUAAUUAAUUUUAUUAAAUAUUUUAAUCAAUAUAAAACAUUUUUAACUGUGACUUUUUGAUCGUUUACGUCAUUUAAAAUGUGACCUAAUUUCAUGAUUGACUGUUUAUUUUAUGAUUACUACUUUUCAUAUCAAAAUAUCACUUUAAUGUCAUUAUUAUGAGUUUUUAUGUGGACCGUGGCCUUUUCUGUAGUCGUGACUUUUUAGGUUAAAAUAAUGACUUUCUGUCUCAAACAUAUGACCUUUUAUUUUAUUAUUUGAUUAACUUUUUUUCAUAAUUUUAACUUUUAUUUCAUCAUUUUUAUCUCAUUAAUUUGUCAUUUUAUAUUCAGGAAACGAUUUUCCUUCUCAUAAUACUGACUUUUAUUUCAGAAUAAAGACUUUUUAUCUCACACUUUUGACUUUUUGCCCCAACAUGAUGAUUUACUUAUUAUUUUAACUUUCUGUCUCAUAGGAAUGACUUUUUAUCUUUUUUUAUAGUUUUUAUUUCACUAUUGCAGCUCCUAUCUCAGAAUAAUGACUUUUUAUUUCAUGAUGACAUUUUUUUAUAUUAUUAGUUUUUUUUAUCUCAUAGUUUUAAUAACAUAUUAACUCCCUCAUAGCUUUGACUAACAGUCUCAUAAUUUGUACUUUUAAUCCUUUUAUUAUGACUUUAAUUUUUAACAUCACAAAAUGGUGGCGGUCUCAUAAUUUUGACUUUCUUUCUCGUCACGAUGACUCAGUAUUUAGACUCUGUAUUCUCCGAGGACCAGUCCUCCUCCCAGUUUGUACUGGUGGAAAUGGGCUCUCAUACUAAUCAGAUAAUCACUCUAACUAAACAGAACUGUUUUCUGUCUCUGCAGCUCCAGAGGUGAUCAACAACGAGAAGUACGGCAUGAGUCCCGACUGGUGGGGGCUGGGCUGCCUCGUGUACGAGAUGACCGCCGGACGAUCGCCCUUCCGCGCCCGAAAAGAGCGAGUGAAGCGGGAGGAGGUGGAGAGGAGGGUGCAGGAGGAGGAGGAGGAGUACAACGACAAGUUUACAGAGGACACGAAGGCCAUCUGCAGAAUGGUGAGCGUUUGAUGGAGGAAUAAAAAAAAGGUGUGUGGAGGGAGAGAUGGAGGAAUGAUGAUUAAUGUGGUGACUCAUCUCUGCUGCCGCUGCUCACCCAGCUGCUGACCAAAGACCCGAAGCAGAGGCUGGGGUGCCAGGCGGACGGAGCAGCGGGCGUCAAGGCCCACUCGUUCUUCAAAAACAUCAACUUCAAGAGGCUGGAGGCUGGAAUAGUGGAGCCUCCCUUUGUGCCUGAUGUGAGUAAUUUAUCCUCCUGAAAAUCGAUGGUGCUGCAGAAACAGGCUUUGAAACUCUUCUGUACUUUGACUUUUGUUUGAAUCACAAACGGCUUCAGCAGGAAGAAAAACUCUCUUUUCAAGAAUAGCGAGAAUAUUUCCACGAACUGCUAAGAUAAACUUGUCCCUUUCUUGCCCUCUCUCUUCUCCCGUCGUCUCUUAUCACCGUGGUCGCUGCCCUCCCCCAGCCCCGGGCGGUGUACUGUAAGGAUGUUUUGGACAUUGAGCAGUUCUCCACAGUCAAGGGAGUUAAUUUGGACCAAACUGACAAUGACUUCUACUCCAAAUUCGCUACAGGCUGUGUUUCCAUCCCCUGGCAGAAUGAGGUAAGUGUGUGAACUUCGUAUGACAAACGCCCGCCGCAGUUUCACUGCUGCAAGAACUCGCUCGCCGAAGUUCACCAAAUCUGCUCCACUUCCUCCUCUGAUCUCAUUUCUUCUGUUUUCUUAUCUAAUCUACUUUUUCUUUACUCUUCUUUUUCUUCUCAAUGUUAUAACCUCCUCAUCUCCUCUUUUCUUUCCUCUACUCUGAAUGUUUGUAUCACAUUUAUCUCCUUUCCUUUUUCCUUCUUUCCUUUCCUUUCCUUUCCCAUCCUUUCUUUCUCAUUUCCCUUAAACUCUCAUUUUAUUUAACUGCUCUUUCCUUCCUUUCCUUUUCUUCUUUCCUUUCAUUUUUCCUUUUUCACUCUCUUCUCUCUUUUGUGCUCUUCUUUUUAUUUGUUUGUUUAUAUUUCCUUUACUUCUUUUCUUCUUCCUUUUCUCUUUCUUUCUCCAUCCUUCUCUCUUAUUUUUCUUUUCUAUUCUUCUGUUUGUUUUCCUUUCUUUUCCUGUUGUUCUUGCUCUUUUUUUCCCUUGUUCUUUUUCUUUCCUUUCUGUCAUUAUCUCAUUUCAACCUUUCUUUCUCUCCAUUCCUUUCUUUUUUCCUUUCCUCUCCUCCUCUUUUACAUUCCCUUUUUUCCUUUCCUUUCUGUCUUUUUCCAUCCUUCCUUUUCAUUUCCUCCUCUUUUACCCUUAUUUAUUUGCAUAUUGUUUCUUUCUUACCUGCUUAAUUGGGUCUGCUUUUCAUUUUUUUUUUUUUACUUCUUUUUCUCUUUGCCUUCUUCCACUUUUCUCUGUAUCUACCUUUUUAAAUUCUCUUCUUCCUCUAAUCUUCUUUUCUUUUAUCAUCUUUUGUCUCUUUUUUACUCUGCACUUUCCUUUUAUUUUAUCUUCCUUUGAUUCUUUUCUCUCCUCUGCUUUUUUUCCUCAUCUGACCUCAUCUCCCUUUGUUUUUUUCUUUACAUCUUCUCCUCCUUUUCUCUCUCUCUCUCUCUCUCUCUCUCUCUCUCUCUCUCUCUCUCUCCUCCAGAUGAUAGAAACUGAGUGCUUCAGAGAUUUGAACGUGUUCGGGCCUCAAGGGAUGAGACCUCCGGAUCUGGACUGGAAUCAGCCGCCAGAGCCACCCAGACGCAGCCUGCUGGACAGGAUCUUCAGGAGGCAUGUGAGUAACACACACACACACACACACACACACACACACACACACACACACACAAUGAUGCAUUAAUAAAAACAAACCCUUACACAUCCUCUCUCUCUCUCUCUCUCUCUCUCUCUCUCUCACUGCAGCACCCAGAAGUGUCUAUCUCCCACAGCCGUGUGCAGUCUUCCAGUGUAAACUCUGUGGACUCCAUGUCCAACUCUGCCCCCUAG